AUGGCAAACGACAUAUCCGUUCAAGCAGAGGUUUCCAAGAUCUCUGAGGGUAUUCCCGCGACGAAUUUGAUCAAAUCUUUGCUCAAAUUCAUCGUCAUUGACGCCGCGGCGUACCAGCGAGAUGUUAUGCUGGCUCAUCAAGUUUUUUACCGAUCUCGAGUGGCUUACGAGGCGAUUGGAACUCUGGCAAAUGCUGUCGAGCAAGCAGCUGCUCCGGAUUGGGAAAGCUUCGAGAAGUACGCAGGUGCCAUCCCGCCGUUGGAGAGGCUCCUACUACAGUUCUAUGCUAAGAGCGCAGAAGACAAGUCUCGCAACCAUCUGCCGCCUCAACCUCCUUCUCCAUUGGACGCCAUCACUUUCAUUGCCAGAUGGAAGGAAGAUAGGAAGAUGCUGGCCGAAGUAUUGGACGGUCUGGCAAACAACGACAUUGCGAACCUCUCAGAAGAUGUGAGGAAGGGUGUAUCCGCUAGUCGCCAAGAUGCUCGAACCUCGGACGACAAAGCCACUAUAUCAGCCUUAUACAAUUACUUAAGGAGCAACACCUUGAAUGACAGAUCCAUCGUUCAACCACGCAAUGGAAGGAUGAUUGUCACCAUCAAGGAUUCCAUUCGGCAGAUUCAAGCAAAGGUCCUCCAGGCCCCGCCAAGAGAGGAAACGUCGGCGAUGGUUAUCACAUCUUUCAUGCUCAUUUAUAUUCCAUUUUCUCUCCUUCUCACCCCCACUACUGAGAAAGAAUGGAAGGAAUAUCUCAAGGGUGAAGAGAUCUGGAAGGCUGUGUUGAGUCUUGCAACGAAGUUAUUGGCUCACCUUAAUUCAACUGCGCAACAGGCCGUGGUGCUCGCCGAAGUCGAACAAGAAUGGAGCAAGCUCGAGGCGCUACUGCUGAAGACAUCUAUUCAUGACAUCGACACCUUGGCAGAGAUGUUGGAACUAAUUAGACUCGCCGCGAAGAUCCGACGACCCUUCCAUGGACGCACCGUCGAACUCAUCAGGAUGAUUCACCGUCUCGACACUUACUCCAGUAAUCGAGCGAACAAUGUUGGCACGCACCGCAAGGCCCUCAAGGACCUCAUGCAAGACUCCAUCGAGGCGAUCGAGAAAACAUCCAAGGAGGUUGCCGAUGUUCAAGCUAUUACAACGACCUCUCCGGUUUACCAGACACAUGCCUCUGCCCUCCAGGGCAUCCUCGAUGGCGUUAAGGAAACGUUCAAAGCGGUCAAGCUCGAUGGUGAGUGGGAUGCAAAGGACAAGAGCUACAAGGCUGCAGUCAAAGUCGAUGAGGACCACCUCAACAGCAUGAGGAAACGCCUGGGUCUCGACGGGCCGGCGUUGGCCGGACCAGCUUGA